AUGGUGCCACGGGUGUGGAACGACGGCAGCAGUCCGACACAUCAACAGCUUAUUGGGAAAGGACAUCCACCAUCAGAACCGUUCACCGCUCCUUUGCUCGCUUCGCAACAGGAGCACACGAUCUUUAUCGCUUUGAUCCUGUUAGCAAUCAAUGUGCAACCAACGCAGGGAACUGACUGGAACCAAUUAUUUAAUCGAACUUAUCAUACAGCAUCACGUUAUCGAUACACAACACUAGAAGUGGAGCCAACACAAGAGCCAACACCUGCACCAUCACCUGUAACGAAGGCUGCAACCGAAGCUAAAACUACCAGAACGAGAGCAACAUGGACAUGGCCUGACUGGCUUCACCACCACACGAAGGUCACGGCUCCGGAAGGUCCCACGGCACCUGAACCAGCUACAACAGAGAGACCAGCACCGCCAGCAGCUGCUACAAAACCAAAGAUACUGGUAACCAAAGCGUCAACAAAGCAGCCAGUAACACCACAUAAACAGACUUCUGGAAAAGCUGUAACAAAAACUCGAACAACGGCGCAUGUGAAAACAGAAAAGCCGGUCACACCAAAAAAGGUCACAAAGGCUCCAGCUGCGACGAAAGCUAAGACUCAAAAGCCGCCUCCACCAAAACCUCAAACUACGAAGAAAGUUGGAACACAAAAGCCACCUCCACCAAAGCCUCAAACAACGAAGAAAGCUAAAACGCAGAAGCCAGCGCCACCAAAGCCUCAACCAACGAAGAAAGCUAAAACGCAAAAGCCAGCGCCACCAAAGCCUCAACCAACGAAGAAAGCUAAAACGCAAAAGCCAGCGCCACCAAAACCUCGACCCACAAAGAAGGUCCAGCCAAAACCUCAACCACCUCCACCGCCAGGUCCGAAGAAGGAUUCUUGGCCAAAAGCGACCUGCGCAAAUAAACGCCUAACUGACGAUGUGAGACAAGUUUUCUUGGAAAUGCACAACAACUUCAGAGGAAGUCUUGCACUAGGAAAAACGGAAAAAAAUCACGGUUCGGGUGCUGCUCCGCCUGCUGCUCUCAUGUACAAAAUGAAAUAUAACUGCGAUCUGGAGUCAUAUUCUCAACAACAUGCGGGCUCAUGCAAUGUAAAACCACUACCACCAACAGCUCUUAACGGAUAUAGGGAGAAUAUUUACGUAUUGCGUACGCCUAACACCCCUCCUAUGGUGGCUGCAAAACAUACAGUGAAUGCAUGGUGGAAAGAGCUCGCAGAAAACGGAAUAGCAUCGAAUAUGUUGUUUACUGCCGGUGAAUACAAACGUGGAACAAAACACAUUUUGAAUUGGUCAAAGAUGGCCUGGGACAAUAAUCGCUCCGUUGGCUGCGCAGUACACAAUUGUGGAAAAUUUAUGUUCAUUGUGUGCACGUAUAGUGAAGGCGGCAACAGGCAAAAUAAACAUGUCUAUACAAUAGGAGCUGUGUGUUCGAAAUGUCCAAAAGGUCAAUGCGACAGCCAAGGACUUUGUCGAUGGUAA